CGCCUUUUUGCGAGUCUUCUCAUCCCGGGACGCAAUCCUCGAAACAGCUGCGGGCGGGCCGGGCCGAGGCCGGCGCGGGGAGGGAGGAGCCGCCGCGCGCGGGCCCGGCCACCGUGCGCCCCCGCCGCCUGGGCGCUCCCAGAAGAGGCCAAAGUUUGCCGCGGCAGAGUUGCAGCCCGCGCCGAGAGCUCCGGGGGCUUCUCUCGCUUCCCGGUAUUGUUCGCAAACUUUGCUCCUCUCCUCCGCGGCCCCACCUCGGCGGAGGCCGGGCGCGGAGAGCAGGGCCCGGGGGCGCCGUGCGCAGCGCUCGGGCCAGGCGGGGCGGGCAUGGGCGGGGGCCCGAGCGGGGACGAGGAGCCGGGGCCAGCAGCCGGAGCCCGAGCCCGGGAGCGGCGGCUCUGAGGGGAGCGGACCUCCCCGCGAGGGCACCUCCGACGCCACCAUGCUGCGCCCGGGCCCCCGCCUGUGGCUGGUCCUGCAGAUGAUGGGUUCGUGCGCCGCCAUCAGCUCCAUGGACAUGGAGCGUCCGGGCGACGGCAAGUGCCAGCCCAUCGAGAUCCCGAUGUGCAAGGACAUUGGCUACAACAUGACCCGCAUGCCCAACCUGAUGGGCCACGAGAACCAGCGCGAGGCCGCCAUCCAGCUGCACGAGUUCGCGCCGCUGGUGGAGUACGGCUGCCACGGCCACCUCCGCUUCUUCCUGUGCUCGCUGUACGCGCCCAUGUGCACCGAGCAAGUCUCCACCCCCAUCCCCGCCUGCCGGGUCAUGUGCGAGCAGGCCCGGCUCAAGUGCUCCCCGAUCAUGGAGCAGUUCAACUUCAAGUGGCCCGACUCCCUGGACUGCAGCAAACUCCCCAACAAGAACGACCCCAAUUACCUGUGCAUGGAGGCACCCAACAACGGCUCGGACGAGCCCCCCCGGGGCUCGGGCAUGUUCCCGCCGCUCUUCAGGCCGCAGCGGCCCCACAGCGCGCAGGAGCACCCGCUGAAGGACGGGGGCCCGGGGCGCGCCGGCUGCGACAACCCGGGCAAGUUCCACCGCGUGGAGAAGAGCGCGUCGUGCGCGCCGCUCUGCACGCCCGGCGUGGACGUGUACUGGAGCCGCGACGACAAGCACUUCGCCGUGGUCUGGCUGGCCGUGUGGUCCGUGCUGUGCUGCUUCUCCAGCGCCUUCACCGUGCUCACCUUCCUCAUCGACCCGGCCCGCUUCAGGUACCCCGAGCGCCCCAUCAUCUUCCUCUCCAUGUGCUACUGCGUCUACUCCGUGGGCUACAUCAUCCGCCUCUUUGCCGGCGCCGAGAGCAUCGCCUGCGACCGCGACAGCGGGCAGCUCUACGUCAUUCAGGAGGGCCUGGAGAGCACGGGCUGCACCCUGGUCUUCCUGGUCCUUUACUACUUCGGAAUGGCCAGCUCGCUGUGGUGGGUGAUCCUGACGCUCACCUGGUUCCUGGCUGCGGGCAAGAAGUGGGGCCACGAGGCCAUUGAGGCCAACAGCAGCUACUUCCACCUGGCAGCCUGGGCCAUCCCGGCCGUGAAGACCAUCCUGAUCCUGGUGAUGCGCAGGGUCGCGGGGGACGAGCUCACCGGCGUCUGCUACGUGGGCAGCAUGGACGUGCACGCGCUCACCGGCUUCGUCCUCAUCCCGCUGGCCUGUUACCUCGUCAUCGGCACCUCCUUUCUUCUCUCGGGCUUCGUGGCCCUUUUCCACAUCCGGAGGGUGAUGAAGACGGGCGGAGAGAACACGGACAAGUUGGAGAAGCUCAUGGUGAGGAUCGGGGUCUUCUCCGUGCUGUACACCGUGCCGGCCACCUGUGUGAUCGCCUGUUACUUCUACGAGCGCCUCAACAUGGAGUACUGGAAAGUCCUGGCCGCGCAGCAUAAGUGCAGAAUGAACAACCAGACUAAAACCCUGGACUGUCUCCUGGCCGCCUCCAUCCCCGCAGUAGAGAUCUUCAUGGUGAAGGUUUUCAUGCUGCUGGUGGUGGGCAUCACCAGCGGUAUGUGGAUCUGGACGUCCAAGACGCUGCAGUCCUGGCAGAACGUCUGCAGCCGCAGGUUCAAGAAAAGGAGCCGAAGGAAACCGGCCAGCGUCAUCACCAACAGUGGAAUUUACAAAAAAGCCCAGCAUCCCCAAAAACCCCAUCUCGGGAAAUACGAAAUCCCCGCCCAGCCUCCCACCUGUGUGUGAAGGGCUCCGGGAGAGAAGGCGGGCAGGAAAACUUUCCCAGCGAGCUGCAGUGGCAGGCAGAGCCAAAAUAUGGUGCUUUUCUUGGUUGGUUGGUUGGUUGGUUGGUUUUUUUAAAUAAAAGUAAAAGAAAAAAAAAUAAAAAGUUUUUACCGUGAAAUUCAGGAUGCUGUGAUACACUGAAAGUAAAAAUGUCCUUAAAGGG